GGAAGGAGACUUCGUUUCCCACGGACAAAAAGUUGCCACGCCCACUCUGUCGUCAGAGCCCCCUGUGCCUGAGGCGUGCGCGGCUGGGAGCCCUGCCCUCCUCGGGUCUGGCCUGCUUUCCAUCCUGCUGAGUACUUGGGGCAUUUCCCUCUUUGAGCAAGGUGUGGUCUUCCCUGUCCUGGCAUUAGACACAAGGCAGUGGGCCUUCCUGCCAUUCUAAAUGUAGCUUAAGACAGUCAGUGCAAAGCACCCCUCUGUGGGUGUCCAGCCCAGGCCUCAGGAGGCCAGAAAGGUUGCCUGGUGGGAGAGCAUCUUGGCUGACUGUGGGAAGACCCAUGUUGGGGUCCAUUCCACAGAGGUCGUCAGGUAUCUCUGCCUGGCCUGGAGGUCCCAGAGAGGAGCCUCCUCCCCUCAGGAAGGCCCGUCUGGAAGGGUAGCAGAGGACUGCUCACAGGAAGAGCAUGCCAAGUGCUCUUUCUCGGGAUGCCAGGAGUUGGUGAUGUGGGAACUGGGUUUUGAGGGAUGCCUAGGAGUUCAUCUAUCAGAGGGGAAAUGAGGAAGCCAUGCAGGAUCAAUGGAUAAAGUGUGCUCAGGUGAGGGCUGGCUGGUGGGCCACUGCAGGGUAGGGGCCUGUCCUGUGCUCCCUCACUUACUUGCUGCCUCCCGACUGCUGUAAUUAUGGGUCUUUAACCACCCUGGACUGGGUGCUCCUCACUGACCGACUUGUCUGAACCUCUCUUUGUCUCCAGCGCCCAGCACUGGGCCUGGCAAAGCCAGAGACGCCUGGUACACGUUGGCCAAAUGAAUGAACCAGAUUCAGACCGGCAGGGGCGCUGUGGUUUAGGAGGGGCCUGGGGUUUCUCCCAGGAGGUUUUUGGGCUCGCCCUGGAGGGCUCUGGGCUGCCGUUUGCGCCGGUGGCCUGCAUCCUGGUCCAGUCUUCUUCAUGUUUGAAUUUCUUUGCUUUCCUAGUCUGGGGAGCAGGGAGGAGCCCUGUUCCCUGUCCCAGGAUCCAUGGGUAGGAACAUCAUGGACAGGGAGAGCAAACGGGGCCAUCUGUCACCAGGGGCUUAGGGAAGGCCGAGCCAGCCUGGGUCAAAUAAGUCUCAAAGGGACUGCCUGGAGGAGGCAGCCUGUCAGCUGGUGCAUCAGAGGCUGUGGCCAGGCCAGCUGGGCUCGGGGAGCGCCAGCCUGAGAGGAGCGCGGGAGCAUCGUGGAAGCCUCGGGCACCAUGAGCGACGUGGCUAUUGUGAAGGAGGGCUGGCUGCACAAACGAGGGGAGUACAUCAAGACCUGGCGACCACGCUACUUCCUCCUCAAGAAUGAUGGCACUUUCAUUGGCUAUAAGGAGCGGCCGCAGGACGUGGACCAACGUGAGGCCCCCCUCAACAACUUCUCUGUGGCACAGUGCCAGCUGAUGAAGACGGAGCGGCCCCGGCCCAACACCUUCAUCAUCCGCUGCCUGCAGUGGACCACUGUCAUCGAACGCACCUUCCACGUGGAGACUCCCGAGGAGCGGUACGUGGGCUGCGGCGGCCAGGCCGGGCACUUGGGCAGCUCUAGCGCUUAG